AGACUUCAAACCAAGUUGCGGCGGUUCCGAGGAAACACCUCGGCUUCAUUCAGUGCGGUCACAUUUUAACCACAGUCCGAAUCAGAACCGAACCAGAAACCCAGCGGGGAAACAUGCCGGCCACAGAGAAGGACCUGGCGGAGGACGCUCCGUGGAAGAAGAUCCAGCAGAACACCUUUACUCGCUGGAUCAACGAACACCUGAAGUGCGUCAAUAAGCGGAUCGGGGACCUGCAGCUGGACCUGGGAGACGGCCUCCGGCUCAUCGCCCUGUUGGAGGUUCUGAGCCAGAAGAACAUGUUCAGAAAGUACCACUCCAGGCCCAACUUCAGGCAGAUGAAGCUGGAGAAUGUCUCGGUGGCCCUGGAGUUCCUGGAAAGGGAGAACAUCAAGCUGGUCUCCAUCGACUCUAAAGCCAUUGUAGAUGGGAACCUGAAGCUGAUCCUGGGUUUGAUCUGGACCCUGAUCCUACACUACUCCAUCUCCAUGCCAGUCUGGGAGGGCGAGGACCAAGAGGCAGAGUCAAAGACACCUAAACAGCGUCUGCUGGGCUGGAUUCAACACAAAGUUCCUGAUCUGCCAAUCACCAACUUCAGCCAGGACUGGAGGAACGGGAAGGCACUGGGAGCACUGGUGGACAGCUGUGCACCAGGUCUGUGUCCAGACUGGGAGACCUGGGAUCCAGUCAGACCAGUGGAAAAUGCUACAGAAGCCAUGCAGCUGGCUGACGACUGGCUGGGCAUCCCGCAGGUGAUUGCUCCAGAAGAGAUCAUCGACCCCAGUGUGGACGAGCAGUCCGUGAUGACCUACCUGUCUCAGUUCCCCAAAUCCAAACUAAAGCCUGGAGCUCCACUCAAACCCAAGCUGAACCCCAAGAAGGCCCGUGCAUACGGACCGGGUAUCGAACCCACAGGAAACAGAGUGCUGCGUCCUGCUGUGUUCACUGUGGACACGUUCAGUGCAGGUAAUGGCCAGGUCAUGGUCUACCUGGACCAUCCAGACGGCACCCGGGAGGAGCUGAAGGUGGAGCCUAACGAGGGCAAGAAGGCGUACAGCGUCAGCUAUGUUCCUCAAGUCAUGGGACCUCAUAAGGUGACAGUGUUGUUCGCAGGCCAGGAGAUUCCUAAAAGUCCAUUUGAGGUGAAUGUGGACAAGGCGCUGGGAGACGCCUCCAAAGUAACUGUGAAGGGCCCGGGAAUUGAACCUGUGGGCAACAUCGCCAACAAACCCACCUACUUUGACAUCUACACUGCAGGAGCAGGAACAGGAGACGUGACGGCCAUGAUCCGAGACCCACAGGGCCGUCAGAACAGCGUGGAGGUGAUGAUGGAGGAUAAGGGUGACGGCAUGUACCGCUGCACCUACCGCCCCAUGCAAACCGGACCGCACACCAUCACUGUCACCUUCGGAGGGGUAGGAGUCCCCAAGAGCCCCUUUGGUGUGGACGUCGGACCUGCCUGCAUGCCGGGCGCCUGCAGGGCAACGGGCCGAGGUCUUCAGCCUUCAGGGUUGAGGAUGAAGCAGAUUGGGGACUUCAAAGUGGACACCAGGAAUGCCGGCAGUGGAGACUUAAAGGUGCUCGUCAAAGAUCCCAGAGGCAUCGAGGAGCCUGUGAAGCAGAUCUCCAGUCAGGACGGCGUAUUCUCCUACGAGUAUUGCCCUAAAAGUCCUGGCAAGUACACAGUCUCCAUCACCUGGGGGGGUCAGCACAUCCCGAAGAGUCCAUUUGAUGUGGUAGUCGGUCCAGAGGCGGGGCCUCAGCAGAUCAGGGCCUGGGGUCCUGGUUUGGAGGGAGGCAUUGUGGGUAAACCUGCAACCUUUGUAGUGGAGUCCAUCGGCACUGAUGUUGGAGUUCUUGGUUUUGCCAUUGAGGGUCCCUCCCAGGCUAAAAUCGAGUGUGAGGAUAAAAACGACGGCUCGUGUGACGUUCGUUACUGGCCAACAGAAGCUGGUGAAUAUGCCGUCCAUGUGACCUGUGAUGAAGAGGACAUCGAACACAGCCCCUUCAUGGCCCAAAUCGUCCAUGACGACAACACGAGCCACCCAGAGAAGGUCCAUGCUUACGGGCCGGGGCUCGAGACAAGCGGCUGCCAGGUGGACCAGCUUGCCGAGUUCACGGUGGAGGCAGAAGGAGCUGGGAAAGGACCUCUGAAAAUCACAGCUCAGGAUGCAGAGGGGCAUCCGGUGGAGGUGAAGGUGAGGAGUAAAGGAGAAGGACUCUACCAGUGCUCCUACACGCCCACCUCCUCUCUGAAACACACAGUGUCCGUCACCUGGGGAGGAGUCAGCAUCCCCAACAGCCCCUUCAGGGUGAACGUGGGGAAAGGAAGUCACCCCAGCAAGGUGAAAGUGUUCGGUCCCGGAGUGGAGAGAAGCGGACUGAAGGCCAACGAGCCGACACACUUCACUGUGGAUUGUUCAGGAGCUGGAGAUGGGGAUGUCAGCGUGGGCAUCAAGUGGGAUUCCAGUGCAGUCGGUGGACAGGAGGCUGAUGUGGACUUUGACAUCAUUCCCAAUGCCAACGACACGUUCACCGUCAAAUACGUCCCUCCUGCUGCAGGGAGGCUGACGGUGAAAGUCCUCUUCACUGAUGAGGAAGUUCCUCAGAGUCCGUUCAUGGUAAAAGUCGAGCCGUCUCACGAUGCAUCAAAGGUUAAAGCCAAAGGUCCAGGACUCGCUCCCACUGGUGUGGAGAGCGGUAAGCCAACUCAUUUCACCGUGGUAACCAAAGGAGCCGGUAAAGCUCCGCUGGACGUUUCCUUUUCCUCAUCGGUGAAAGACUUUGACAUCAUUGACAACUACGACUACUCUCACACCGUCAAGUACACACCUGUGCAGCAGGGGGAGAUGACCAUCUUGGUGACAUUUGGAGGCGACCUAAUUUCCAAAAGUCCCUUCACGGUUGUUGUUGCAGCCCCGUUGGACCUCAACAAGAUCUCUGUGGACAACCUGGAUGGAAGGGUAGAAGUGAAUGAAGAGCAGCAGUUUACGGUGAACACAAAGGGUGCUGGAGGUCAGGGUCAGCUGGAGGUGGAAGUGCUGAGUCCGAGCCAGCAAGCGCUGCCUUGUAAAGUGGAGCCUCAGCCCGGGAAAGCAGAUGUCAGUUUGGUCCGUUACACCCCGAAGGAGGAGGGGAUCCAUACUGUCAAUGUAUCCUACGACGGACACCCUGUACCUGGGAGCCCCUUCCCUGUGGAGGCCCAGCUGCCUCCAGACCCCAGCAAGGUGAAGGCUUUCGGCCCGGGUCUGAAGGGAGGUUUGGUUGCGAACCCGGCUGAGUUCACCAUCGACACCAAGGGGGCCGGAACCGGAGGUCUUGGGCUGACGGUGGAAGGACCGACCGAGGCAAAGAUUGAGUGUUCAGAUAACGGCGACGGUACCUGCUCCGUUUCCUACCUGCCCACUGAGCCUGGAGACUACCUGGUGAACAUCCUGUUUGAAAACGUCCACAUACCUGGCUCACCGUUCAGAGCCGAUGUCCAGAUGCCCUUUGACCCUUCCAAGGUGGUCGCCUCGGGGUCUGGGCUCAAGAAAGCAAAGGUUGGAGAGAUCAGUGUUCUGAAUGUGGACUGCUCUCGAGCUGGGCCAGGCCAGCUCAGUCUGGAAGCGGUGCCGGAGUCCUCCCCAACCAGCCCUGUUGGUUCUGGGCCAGGUUCAGACAUGAAAGCAAAGACGGAGGUUGUGGACAACAAGGACGGGACCUACACAGUGACCUACGUCCCCCUGAGCUCCGGCAUGUACACCCUGAUGCUGAAGUAUGGAGGUAAAGCCGUCCCGGGUUUCCCAGCCAAGGUGAUGGUGGAUCCUGCUGUUGACACCUCCAAAGUCAAAGUGUUUGGACCUGGUGUUGAAGGACAAGCCAUUUUCAGAGAAGCCACCACAAAUUUCACAGUGGACGCCCGUCCUCUGACCAGGCGAGGAGGAGACCAUGUGAAGGCUGAGGUCAAGAACCCGUCUGGAGCUCUGACUGAGUGUGUGGUCACUGACAAAGCUGACGGGACCUACAGCGUCGAGUACACUCCAUUUGAGAACGGUGUCCACAGAGUCAAUGUUCUCUACGACGACACCCCGGUUCCCAGGAGCCCGUUCAGAGUUUCUGUAACUGAGGGCUGUGACCCCAGCAGGGUGGUGGCCACUGGCCCCGGACUCCAGCAAGCCCUGACGGAACAGACCAACACCUUCAACAUCAUCACAAGAGGGGCAGGAAUCGGCGGCCUCGGCAUCACCGUGGAGGGCCCAUCAGAGUCGAAGAUGUCGUGCAAAGACAACAAAGACGGCAGCUGCAGUGUGGAGUACGUUCCCCAUACGCCAGGCCUUUACGAAGUUAACAUUACCUACGGAGGAGAGCACAUCCCAGGAAGUCCAUUUAAGGUCCCAGUGAAAGAUGUGGUGGACUCCAGUAAGGUCAAGGUGUCUGGGCCGGGUGUGGUAUCAGGGGUCAGGGCAAAUAUCCCACAAUCCUUCACUGUGGACUGCAGGAAGGCUGGCGAGGCCCCUUUGGCUGUGGCCGUCACCGGUCCUAAAGGACUCGCAGAGCCGGUGGAGGUGAUUGACAACGGGGACGGGACCCACACCGUGUCUUACACUCCGUCAGUGGAGGGACCGUACUCUGUGUCCAUCAAAUAUGCGGACGAGGACGUUCCCCGCAGUCCCUUCAAGUUCAGAGUUCUGCCGACUCACGAUGCCAGUAAAGUGCGCGCCAGCGGACCCGGGCUGACCAGCGGCGUCCUCGCCAGCUUCCCGGUCCAGUUCAACAUUGACGCCAGAGAUGCCGGUCAGGGCCAACUGAGCGUGCUCAUCACAGACCAGGAUGGUAAACCCAAGCAGCCCAGUAUUCAUGACAACGAUGAUGGGACAUACACGGUGUCCUACGUCCCCGACCGCACCGGGCGCUACACCAUCGUCAUAAAGUAUGGCGGUGAUGACAUCCCUGCGUCCCCCUACAGAGUCCGUGCCACAGCCUCUGGAGAUGCCAGCAAGUGCACGGUCACCGGUCCUGGUGUGGGCCCCACUGUGGCCAUCGGCGAGGAGCUGGGGCUGGUAGUGAACGCUAAGGGUGCUGGAAAGGGAAAGGUGAGCUGUGUGGUGGUUCAGCCUGACGGCAGUGAAGUGGAGGCUGAGGUUCUGGAAAACGAAGACGGCACCUUUGACAUAUUCUACACCGCCCUGGCCCCGGGGAACUACGCCAUCUACGUCCGAUUCGGAGGAGAAAACAUCCCGCGCAGUCCGUUCAAAGUCAUGGCUACUGAUGAAGUUUCCAUCAGGCAACAGCAGAAUCUGAAACAGACAGAGGCUGGUCCCCCUAGAGCUGGCUUCCAGCCAUGGGUGACGUCAGAAGGCUACCAGCCAGUCGGCAGCAGCGUGAACGGCAGCGGCUUCAGACCGUUUGACAUGAUAAUACCGUUCUCCUUCAGAACAGGAGAAAUCACCGGUGAGGUGUUGAUGCCUUCAGGUAAAUCAGCUCAGCCACUGAUCACAGACAACCUGGAUGGGAGGGUGACGGUUCAGUACUCCCCUACUGAGGCUGGCCUGCAUGAGAUGCACAUCAAGUACAAUGGCACACACAUCCCAGAAUCUCCACUUCAGUUCUAUGUGAACCAUGCCAGCAGUCCCAACGUUACAGCCUACGGUCCUGGACUGAGCUACGGCGUCGCCAACAAGGUGGCAGCGUUCACCGUUUACACAGAUGAUGCCUCUGAAGGAGGUCUAGACCUGGCUAUUGAGGGUCCAUCCAAAGCUGAGAUCAGUUGUGUGGACAACAAAGAUGGGACGUGUAGCGUCAGCUACCUCCCCACGCUGCCUGGAGAUUACAACAUCCUGGUCAAAUACAACGAUGAUCACAUCGAUGGCAGCCCAUUUACUGCCAGGAUCACCGAGGACAACCAGCGACGCUCUCAGGUUAAACUGGGCUCGGCAGCAGAUUUCUCUCUGGACAUCAAUGAGAGCGACCUUAGUGUGUUGACCGCCAGCAUCAGAGCGCCCUCUGGACGGGACGAGCCCUGCCUGCUGAAGAGGAUGACCAACAACCACAUUGGUAUUUCCUUCAUCCCCCGGGAGGUGGGCGAGCACCAGGUCAGCAUCCUGAAGAACGGCCGGCAUGUUGCCAACAGCCCCAUCACCAUCAUGGUGGUCCAAUCUGAGAUCGGAGAUGCCAGACGCGUUAAGGCCCACGGCGAGGGCCUCGUUCAGGCCACCACCUUCAGUAACGCCAGCUUUGUGGUCGACACACAGGAGGCGGGUUAUGGUGGCCUGGCUCUGUCCAUUGAAGGUCCCAGUAAGGUGGACAUCCAGACAAAGGACCUGGAGGACGGUACCUGUGGAGUCACCUACUGUCCCACUGAACCUGGAAACUACAUCGUCUCGAUCCGGUUUGCAGAGGAACAUGUUCCAGGAAGUCCGUUCUCAGUGAGGGUGACUGGCGAAGGUCGCAUCCGGGAGAGCAUCACCCGUCGACAGAAAGCGGCAUCUGUUGCCAGCGUUGGGAGCGUGUGCGACCUCAACCUGAAGAUACCCGCAGUGGACAUGCAACACAUCACUGCUGAAGUUACUUCACCGUCUGGAACCAGUCAGCCCGCUGAACUGGUUUCCAUGGGCAACGACACCUAUUGUGUGCGGUUCGUGCCCACAGAGAUGGGUGUGCACAGCGUCAGUGUGAAGUACAGGGGCGUCCAUGUACCAGGCAGCCCCUUCCAGUUCACUGUGGGUCCACUGGGAGAGGGCGGAGCUGCCAAAGUGCGAGCCGGUGGACCAGGCCUGGAAGGAGCUCUGGCUGGAGAGCCAGCUGAGUUCAGCAUCUGGACAAGGGAGGCCGGAGCUGGUGGUCUGUCUGUCGCUGUGGAGGGUCCCAGCAGGGCAGAGAUCUCUUUCGAUGAUCGUAAAGAUGGAUCCUGUGGCAUCUCCUACAUUGCUCAGGAGCCUGGUGAUUAUGAGAUUUCGGUGAAGUUUAAUGAGCAGCACAUUCCUGACAGCCCCUACCUGGUUCCGGUUGUGGCUCCGGUGAACGAUGCCCGGCGCCUCACUGUUGCCGGCCUUCAGGAGUCCGGUCUUAAGGUGAAUCACCCAGCAUCCUUUGCGGUGCGUCUGAAUGGAGCGCAGGGAAAGUUGGAGGCCAAAGUCCACAGUCCCUCUGGAGCUCUGGAGGAGUGUGUCGUCACAGAGCUGGAGAAAGACAAGUACGCCAUCCGCUUCAUCCCCAGGGAGAAUGGCGUCCAUACCAUCGACGUAAAGUUCAAUGGCUCUCAUAUCCCAGGAAGUCCUUUCCAGGUACGGGUUGGAGAACCAGGACAGACCGGAGAACCCGGUCUGGUCUCAGCAUAUGGAUCUGGUCUGGAGAGGGGCACCACAGGAACCCAGUCAGAGUUCAUCAUUAACAACACUAAAGCGGGUCCCGGAGCUUUAGCCGUGACCAUCGAGGGUCCCUCCAAAGUGAAAAUGGACUGCCAGGAGAUCCCAGAAGGUUACAAAGUUCACUACACACCGAUGGCACCUGGAAGCUACCUGAUCAGCAUCAAAUAUGGAGGACCCAACCACAUCACUGGGAGUCCCUUCAAGGCCCGAGUCACAGGUGCUCGGUUGGUGAAUGUGACCAACGCCAGCGAGACGUCAACCCUGACGCUGGAUCCAACCGUACGCACAGCCAGCAGCAGCUUCACUCAGAGCGCUCUGCCCAGAGCAGGAGACUCUGAUGCCGGCAAGGUGCUGAGCCGAGGACCUGGACUCAGCAAGGCCUUCGUGGGCCAGAGGAGCAACUUCUCUAUAGACUGCAGCAAAGCUGGUAAGAACGUGCUCCUAGUGGGCGUGUAUGGCCCUCAGGUCCCCUGUGAGGAGGUUCUGGUCAAACAUCUGGGGAACCUGCAGUACAAUGUCAGCUACGUGCUGAAGGAACGGGGCAGCUACGUUCUGGUGGUGAAGUGGGGCGACGACCACAUCCCAGGGUCCCCGUUUAAUGUCACCGUCCCAUGAUGCACCACAGAAAAACUGUCGACCUGUCUGCCGCGUUUGCAUCCCUGCUGAGCUGGAGAGGAAGCAUUGGCUGCACUACAGAUUACUGUCAAAUGAACCGCUGCUGAACAAAAACGUGCUCUAAGCCUGUCUUUCUAUUAAAGUCUAAGAUUUUCUGUCUGAACAUUGAUGUCUGACACAUUUUUACUUAGUCAAAAUGUAAAAAGGCUAAAGAAUAAAACUGAAUGUGUGCUCUUGGUUGGGUGGUGUAGCAGGAAGGACAAAAAUGGAUAAACUAGAUGUAACACAUUAAUUAUAGUUGCCCUGCAAUUCAAGAUUGAAUCUGUUUGCACUUGGCUGUUUUCUAGUCUGCACACUUCAUGAUUCCAAAAUAUUAAACUGGAUUUGGGGAAAAGAACAAGUGUUACUUGGAGCUGGAAUAACAACACUUUUCUUUGCAUGUACAGUGCCAGGAUGAUAAUAAACAUGGAGUUCUGUCGGGUUUGAACCAUUGUUCUGGUUAGUCAGCAUCAGAAACCAGCCAAUAAAACCAAAUCGGUGCCAAACAGCGAGUCUGCAUCUCGGUUGGGGGAAAAACUGGACUUCUUCCUUUUUAGUUUGUGAAACUACUGAUUACUUGUUGCUUAUUGAGUUCAUCACUUCCUUAUUGUCACAAAAAGUUUUAACUGUUUACGCUGCCUUCAAACUACUGUUUCCUGCGAUCCGCAAAACACUGCUUGCUGUGUAGAGGUUUGGUCCCCGAGAGUUUCCAAUCAUUCAGUGGCUCAGUUCUGAUCCAUUUCCUCUCCACCUGAACAGAACACACAGGAGGUUUAGAUGAUCAUGGUUAUCCAAGUGAAAGAUCUGAGCUGGAGAAGUCUACAUGAAUUGGUCUCUUUGUGUCCUUACAUUUUGCUACUUCACUGCUACUUUUGAUACUUCAGGAGGUUUUGUGUUGGAGGGUGGGGACCUUGUCAUUUUCUGAUGAUCUGAUGUACUGUACAUUUGAUAAUUAAACUGGAAUCUGAAAAAAAUGAAUAACA